AUGAGUACUGGAAACCAGCCAGUUGGCACUAUCGGCAUAGAGUCGAGCGUCUACGAGCCCGGCAUGGAAGGAUUGGAGUUUGCGAAUGUUGGCGCCGCGCUGGAGCCCCAGGACGACUGUGCAAGUACAAAGCAGACACCCGGCCAGAAGCGACCGCGGGCGUUGGAUGAGGACGACGAAAGUAGCUCCGAUGGCUACUCGCCCUCUGCCAACAUCGUCCCUUCUCCGCGCGAAACAAAGCGAGCCAGAUUUAAACAGGACCAGUCGGUUUGCGGUCCAGAGCAACGUGACAGGGAGGACUCCGAUUCUGAUCCUAAUCCGCGUGCCGCCCUCGAGGCCGGCAAAAGUGUCAAGCCUUCGAGCGCGACCACGAACGGGGAUGAACCUCAACACUCGUCUUCUUCUCCGCCCCCUGCCGGGCACUUGGUCGCCGCGUCUUCGUCUUCAAGGCCAGAUGAUUCGAUGGGUGCGGAACAAGAGGUAGACCGAACCGAGGCCGACGAUCUUGAGCCCUUUGCCGGCGCAAGCAUGCCACUGGAACCACGGCUGUACACGACCGAUUCCUUCUCGCUCAGUCUUCCAGCGUUAUCCGAUCAAAAGCAGGGCUCAUGGCUUGCGAGAUUCAAAGAUUGGGUUCAAGUCUUGUGCCACCACAAUUCUGACGGCCUUGCCGCCAUCAGCCCUGCAGUAGCAACGGACGCAUUUGUGUUUUACCUCGAUCAGCACAGCGGGCUGCGCCAGUCAAAGAAAAAGGCCGCCAAACAGGCAGCAAGGAAAGAGGCAACGACUCGCGCAAUACAGAACUUGAUCGAAUCUGCCGGGUCGGAUGCGACAGUUACCGUGCCGGUACCAGGGCCAUCCGCUGCUGCGAUGGGUACUGGUACUGCGGAAAAGGAAAAGACCCCAGAAACUCGGGACGAUGGCUCGGCAGAAGAAGGUGAGGUCACCAGUAAUGGAGCCAGCGCAUCUGGGGAGCAGCCUGCGGAAGUGCCAUCGUGCCAGAAUGGCGGCCCUUCUUCCGUCGUUAGAGAAGGUGUUCCUACCGGAGAAGACGAGUUGAAUCAGCAACGCAGAUACUUCCCGUCGGCAAGCGACCCGAGCAAGAUGUGCCUCCUGUGCGGCGGUGAGGGACACAGGGCUAUUCACUGCACGAGAUCGAAAUGUCGAUUCUGCAACAGUUUCGACCAUUGGGACUUUUGCUGCCCCGACAUUCGGGAACGUUGCGGUAGAUGCCGCCAGCUCGGACACAAAGCAGUGAGCUGUGCGGAAAAGCUGGCUCUUACCAAGGACGAAGGUCUAGCGUGCGCGUAUUGCAGCUCUCCGGAGCAUCUGGAGGAGAACUGCACCGAGGUUUGGCGAUCGUUUCGUGCAGAUGCAGAAACCAUUCACAAAGUCGCGUCCCUCCAAAGCUCGUGCGCCGCUUGUGGGGGCAGUGAUCACUACUCGGCUGAUUGCAGGCAGCGCAGAGGCGUUUGCGGCAAUCCAACCUGGUCGGUGCGGAAUCGCAGCAUCUACGUGGAUCCCGCGUGCGACACCCUGUCCAUUGAGGCAACACCGGUUCCUCGAGCGACGCAACAACAGCCUCUCCGUGCUCCCGUAACAAGGAUCCGUGGUCACGCUGCCCGAACCGCCAAUGUCCACUACUCUGAAAGCGAAGACUCGGAAGUGGAGUUUCUCGGCAGAAGAGCCGUCAGAGGAAAGCGGCAAGGGGUCGGGCAAAUGCGAGUGUCGAGCAACAUCCAACUGCCUCAGAUGAUGGGGAAUCACAGAAUCAACAGCUUCCAGGCUUUCGCUGAUGAAGCACCCCUUCCCCGUCGACCGCCGCCACCGUCUGGUCCUCCUGCGGGUUAUGACCGUGGUCCUCCUGCGGGUUUUGAUCGCGGUCCUCCUGCGGGUUACGAUCGCGGUCCUCCUGCGGGCUAUGAUCGUCCACCGCCACGAGCUCGUGGCUAUCAGAGCCGCCGUACGCCUCCACCCUCUCUCCCAGCCAAACCACCCUCAUCGUCGCGAGACUACCGUAAUGUGCCCCCGCCUCCUCCGCCUCCUCCGCAAGGCAGGAGAGGCGGUGACUUUGCCAACCAUCGGGGCGGGAGAGGCGGGAGAGGGGGGGGCAGGGGCAGGGGCAGAGGGCGGUGA